CCUCCCCUCCACUAUGGCAAUGCCGUUCUGCACUGCAGAUAUAGAUUUCCCCAAGGUUUGACCGCUGUUUUCUCCUCUUGCAAGCCUGAACGCCGUGUCGAUGUGUUCAUAAGGCUUACGUUGACGUGAUUGACAAUGUUAAAAGCUUUAAUACGAUUAGAUCCGGAUCCAUUUCACAACAGCUCUCAAGCAAAAGGGAUCAUCACUUCACAAAAGCGAAUUACCUGACGCAACGAAGAAUUCAAGUACUUUUUACAAGACUUUUCUGAAAGAUACAGCUGAAAUGGCCGCUGUUGAACCAGCUGUUACUGAACAACCGGAACAAGCCGCUCUUGACGUUGGCCCACCUACGGGGGAAGGCCCACCCCCUUCGACUAUCGGGUGGAGCUCGGGGCUGUGCAAAUGUUUUAGUGACAUGAAAUCGUGUUGUCUUGGCUUUUUCUGUUCCCCGAUUCUGGCUUGCAAGCUGAGCGGGAAAAUGGGCGAGUGUUGCUGCGCCGGGUGCAUUGGACCAGCGGCGCUCAGGACAAAACAUCGCAUGAAACACGACAUCCAGGGUUCCGUGUGCAACGACAGCCUGGUCAGCUGUCUACCAUGUCUUCUGCCAUGCGCGUUGUGCCAACUUGCUCGGGAUUUGAAGACAAGAUCACAGCCUUGAACACUUCAAAACCAGAUGUAGACAUUUUGUUUUUUCCUUGUAAUAUAUAUCUCUGAAGAGACAGUAUUUUAAGUUAUAACCUUCUUUUUAUAACCAAAAGUGUAUAAAAAAUAUA